AUGCUUUUAUCCCCUAAGUUGCUAUUUCCAUUUUUUUCAAAGGAUGAAGUAACUGGAAGUGGAGUCGAUGAAGGAGGAGGGGAAAGAUUUGUUCCUGAAACCGAAAAAGACGUAAAUGAGAAUGUUAAAAGGGAUACUAAAGAGACAUCAGGAAUAUUUAGAGAGUUGACACAGCAGCUGGAAAACGUUCAAGAGCAACCAAGAAACAGAGAUGGAGAACUGAGGGAGAUGACACAGCAGUUGACAAAUGUCCGUAGGCAACUACAAGAGAAAGAUGGACAACUAUCAGAAAAAGAUCGCCAACUAAGAGAGAGAGAUGAAGAACUUAGUGAGAAGACACAGCAAUUGACAAAUACUCAAGGGCAACUACAAGAGAAGGAUGGACAACUGAGGGAGAAGACACAACAGUUGACAAAUGUCCGUAGGCAACUACAAGAGAGAGAUAGACAACUAUCAGAAAAAGAUCGCCAACUAAGAGAGAGAGAUGAACAACUUAGGGAGAAGACACAGCAAUUGACAAAUACUCAAGGGCAACUACAAGAAAGAGAUGGACAACUAAGAGAGAGAGAUGGACAAGUUAGCGAGAUAACAAAUCAGUUGACAAGUGUCCGAGGGCAACUACAAGAAAAAAAUGAAGAAUUUACUUCUUUGGAAAGACUGCUGAGGGCCAAACAGCACGAAAUAGACGAACUGGAGACGUCUCUUUCAGCAGCUCAAAGGGCGCUAAAUGAACGUUCACGCCAUCAGACUCCUGAUUGGGUCAUUCCACGGGAUCAGAUUCAGCUGACGGACAAAUUUCUUGGAAAAGGAGGCUGGGGAAGUGUUAUCGAAGGCAACUACUGUGGCUGUGCUGUCGCCGUUAAACAGGUGUACGAGUUGAUACUUUCUGAUCACAACCGUAGAUUGUUUGAACGAGAGAUGAGCAUUGCCGCCAGAUGCCGCCAUCCUUGUUUGCUGCAGUUCAUUGGGGCAACAAACGAUGAAGGAAGUCCUCUGUUUGUAACAGAGCUCAUGGAAUCCAGUUUACGAGCACUGUUAGAACAGCGGCCUCUUUCUUCAAUCGAGGUGUUUGACAUUUCUCAAGAUGUGGCUCGAGCAUUAAACUACCUUCACUUAAAGAAACCAUCCCCCAUCAUUCACCGCGACAUUAGCAGUGCCAAUGUGUUACUUUGGCGGCAAGCCAACCGAUGGCGAGGCAAAGUGUCAGAUUAUGGCGCGGCUAAUAUUUUGCAGCAGACCAUGACAGUUGGUCCUGGUGCCAUGAUAUACAGUGCACCUGAAGCGCAUACUAAACAUCAAACCGUCAAGGUUGAUGUGUACAGUUUUGGAGUUCUCUUUUGUGAGAUUUGCAUCCGGGAACUUCCCGAUCCUGACAGGCGCGACGAGCAAGUUGCCAUGGUGACAAGCGGCGUGCUUCGAAAUCUCAUUCGGGGAUGCCUGCAACAAGAUGCUGGAAAAAGACCAAGUAUGGAAGAAAUCAUUGAUGAAAUCGAAAUGACUUGUCUCUUUUCUUGA